GUCCCCCUAGCUCAAGGUUCCCGAUGGCUCAGUUGGGCGCGAUUGUGGCUGUGGCUGUGAGUUUCUGCUGUGCGUCUAUCUUCUCAUCUGUGCACAAGAUCGAAGAGGGACAUAUUGGGGUCUAUUACAGAGGCGGUGCUCUGCUGACCUCCACCAGCGGCCCCGGUUUCCACCUCAUGCUCCCUUUCAUCACCUCGUACAAGUCUGUGCAGACCACGCUGCAGACGGAUGAAGUGAAGAAUGUGCCUUGUGGGACUAGUGGUGGUGUGAUGAUCUACUUUGACAGAAUCGAAGUGGUGAACUUCCUGGUCCCGAAUGCAGUGUAUGACAUAGUGAAGAACUACACUGCCGACUACGACAAGGCCCUCAUCUUCAACAAGAUCCACCAUGAGCUCAACCAGUUCUGCAGCGUCCAUACGCUUCAGGAGGUCUAUAUCGAGCUCUUCGAUCAGAUCGACGAGAAUCUCAAACUGGCCUUGCAACAGGACCUGACCUCCAUGGCUCCCGGGCUUGUCAUCCAGGCCGUGCGGGUGACCAAGCCCAAUAUCCCAGAGGCGAUCCGCAGGAAUUAUGAGCUGAUGGAGAGCGAGAAGACGAAGCUGCUCAUUGCCGCCCAGAAGCAGAAGGUGGUGGAGAAGGAGGCCGAGACGGAGCGGAAGAAAGCCCUCAUCGAGGCGGAAAAAGUGGCUCAAGUGGCAGAAAUCACCUACGGGCAGAAGGUGAUGGAGAAGGAGACUGAGAAGAAGAUUUCGGAAAUUGAAGACGCGGCGUUCCUGGCCCGGGAGAAGGCCAAGGCGGACGCCGAGUGCUACACCGCUAUGAAAAUAGCCGAAGCCAACAAGCUGAAGCUGACCCCGGAGUACCUGCAGCUGAUGAAGUACAAGGCCAUCGCUUCCAACAGCAAGAUCUACUUUGGCAAAGAUAUCCCGAACAUGUUCGUGGACUCUGCAGGCGCGCUGGGCAAGGAGUUUGAGGGCCUCACUGACAAACUAGGCUUCACCUUGGAGGACGAACCCUUGCAGGAGACAGACGCGGGAGAGAACUGAGCACGCUUCCACAGCCUCAGAGGACACUUGAGGAGAUCUUUAGUUCUUACUGAUGAGCCAGGACGCCCCUUCCUCCCGCAGUUCCUUCCCUGACGCUCUUCCACUUCACUGUGGUGCAAAAAAAAAAAAGAAGAAAAGGCUUGAAAUCUGGUCCCCUAGGGCAGGGAUUGAUGAUUUGGGGUCUCCAGCAGGUAAGUGGGUUCCCUGACUGCUCUCACUGCCCCGUGGCUUUGACCUUCCACUGGCAGACACUAAUUUUAGCCCUUUGCUGCUGGCUUAAUUAGGGAUGGUGCUGGAGCAUGGGGAGAAAUUCUGGGUACUGCCGCCAGGUGAUUAGCAUCCCCUUCCGCAAACUCCCUGUAUGGCUCCCGCCUGUCCCGACUCUGGUGGGAGGUGCCUUGGCGGUGAGCAGACUCCUGGGCUCGGUGCAGUCGUGAGCUCUGUGGACUCGACUCCUCUAGGUGCCGUUUUCUCUACCCUGGGACGAGGACGGGGGCCCGGCCCGAAGCUUUCGUACUGUGGCCCUCCUUGCCCUGGGACUCAGGAACGGUGGGUUUCUGACUACGUUUCCGGAGUCAGGGUUUGGUCACCACCACAAAAUUCUUUUUUAAGACUUUCCACCCUUUUGUGAUUUGGUGUGUGUCCCCCCACCCCCACCCCCAAACUUGUCCAUUGAUUCCACUCGGCAUUCAGGAGAUGCGAACAAACAGCUCAAGUGUCUUAAUUGCUGCUGGAGUGGGGUCCUUCCCGUGUGUCCUGGAGACCGUGUGUCUUUAUUGUUGUGGCGAGUCCGCAUUGGAGGCCCUCUGGAGGAGGACAGAGGGUCACCCAAAGGCUUGCCCGUCCUAAUGCCCGUGGCGUGUGCUGGGCACUUCCCACCCCAUAUGACAUCCAGAGGAACGUGGGGUGGGAGAGAUGGGCGCUUGCCUUGCUGUGGCCCUUCCGGUUUGACCUCAGCCCGGCAUAUGGCCCCCCCUGAGCACCGCAGGGACUGAUCCCUGAGCAAGCUACCUCUGGUUGUGGCCAGAAAACCAAAACUAAAGCAAGCAUUUUCUCCACGUAGCAUGCACUGCUGGACCUUGGGUUCUGGCCAGCGACCGGGCAAGGCAGAGCAGAGUCCGUGCCUGCACCCCCAGGGUCAAAUGGUCACUGCAGCAAUCCCAAUCGGAUGAUUUCUGUGUCUUUUCUAAUUGGGACACUUCUGAGGGGGAUUCGGGGUGAGGGAGUGCAUCCGUGAAGGAAAGAUGUUCCUGCAGCAGGCUGGGUCACGCAGACAGGCACCCUGUGUGAUUCCUGCUCUUGGACUAGUUGCUAGGUGAGGGUCGCCCUCCAGAGUCAUCUUGCAAAGUGUCAGGAUUCACUGCCCCAAUCUUUGGCUCAAGAUUUGCCUCUACUGGGGCCAGAGCGAUAGUACAGUAGGCAGAGAGCUUGCCUUGUAUGUGGCCAGCCUGGUUCGACCCCCAGCAUCCGAUAUGGUCCCCCAAGCACCACCAGGAGUUACCCCUGAGCAAGAGCUAGGGUGUGGCCCAUGAAACAAAGAUCUGUCCUGUGGAGCGUGUGCUUUGCAUGCACGAGGUUUGGGCUCAGUCCCCUGCACACUGCCCGGAGUGACCAUAAACCAGUAAUGCGGCAAGAGGAGCCUCUCACCAUUGCCAGCUACGACCCAAGAACUUUUUUUAAAAAAUAAGAAAAUGUGGCCUUGUUACUACCAAGCUCCCCUCCAAGCUGGCCCUGGCCCCUCUUUCCUCACUGAAACUAGGGAGGCUCUGGCGCGAUCUGCACCUAGCACGUGGCCAGGCCCCGUCCCCUGGCUCACCUGCUGGCCCCAGCUCAGGCAGCUUGCCCCUGGCCGGCUCAGGUUUGUCGGGAGUGGGGGGAGCAUUCAGCCAGUCUCGGAAGAAACAAAAUGUGAAUUCCUUGCAACCUGAACGUCCUUCUCUUCCAUUCUCAUUCCGGGGACUUCGGUUUCAGACCGCUGUUCCUUGUUACACUCAGUUUAGGGGACCAAAUGUUUCUGGGCGUGAUGGAGUGUAGUGCAGAAGGAAGCCAUCCUGAAAGCCGGGUCUGGUGUCCACUUCAACCAGCAUGGACCCUCUCCCGUCUCAGUGUCUCCGAGCUUUGUCAGGAGCCAUACCGCCCAUCCAGCGUCCCCAGUCGACUUGUCUGCCCAUUCUGCUCGAAGACUUUGAGUCUGGGAAAACACUGCUUUUCCCUAGCAGAGUAAGGAGCAAGGCCGUCUCCAAGUGUCCAGACAGCACUGCCGCUUGGGUUUUUAACUUGAAAGUCUAAUCCUAAAAAGUCUAAACAACUUGUGACAGCAUGUCCUAUGCACGAGUCAGUCUUUGACCACACGCACACAAAAAAAGAAAAAACCAAAGUCCUACUGCUCCUGGCCCUCGGUGUCACUGUGGCUUCCUAGGUACAGAUAGCGGACCCGGCGGUUUAACCCCGGGCUGCCUGUACCUGCGUCGGGGAUAAGUUCAUGGAGUGAGCUCUUGGCUUUGCGGGGGACAGCUCGCCCAUCGAUCUGUCGGACAGUUUCUGAUCUUACAGGAUUUGAAUUCUAAACAUGUAAAAUGUGACAGCCUGCAGUGUUGUGGGCAGGAAAGUCAUGGCUGCUAUUUAUACGUGUGGGUAACUUUAUACAACUCCGUUUUUGUAGGAUUUUCCAAGGAAAAGUCACCUUGGUUGAAUGUUUCUCACUCAUACUUUGCAGAAAUGAUUCGUAUUCAGUACUGUUUUAAACCGCUUUUUUAGUCUGAGGCCAGAAUGUUUGCAAGGAAGCCAAAGUUCGUUGAUGAUUUUUAUAUGACUUUAAAAAAAUUAGAGGGAUCUGUGAUCAGCUUAAGUUAAAGGAGGAAAAAAUGUAUCAUGGAAAGAAUUUUAGCAAGAUACUGAUUUUCUUUUUUUUUUAAGUACGAAGUGGGGCUGGUGAUAUUGCUCAGAAGCAGGCACAUGUCUGCGCAUGUGAGGCCGGGCUUGAGCGCGGCUCCCAGAAGAGAGAGGGGGACGUCUCACCCGUGAUCGAUUGAGUAUGGCCUCUCUGGGUCUCUGCGUCUCGGCAAUGGUGGCUGAACUGUUUACAGUGUUCUAAAUUUAUCGCAAAUAGUGAAAGCAAGAUCAUUAUAGUUACCAACUUCCUUAUUUAAGUUUAAGGUGAAAUCUCUGCUCUGUGACCUGCGCCUCCCCAUUACUCCUCUGGUUCUGUUCAGAAGGGUCUCGAAUCUGUUCCUACUGUUUCCUUACAAGAGAGAUACUUGCCCAUCGUUUUGUGUUUGUAUUUCUAUUACUUUUUAUUUCUGCUUUGGUGGAAGCUGGUGAUCGAAUAGUCAAACUUCAGCUUUCAAGGAGCCCCAGUGAUUUGACUUUGUAACAGAGAAGUAAUUCUUGUUAUAAUCAUCACUCUGUAAAUGAUAUGCUGAAUUAAUUGCUGUGGGUUGAUAGUUGGAGAAGUCAUUUGGGCAACAAAUGCUACGGUAUGAAUUUUUGUCCUAGUUUUGUUUUCAGUCUUGCUAAAUAAAAUGAAUCUUUGUAUUUA